AUGGAAGACGACCCUGGAUUUUGUGGUGUGAAUUGUUCUUGUGAUUAUCUUGUUCAAUAUCCCGAUCAUCAACCUUUGCAUUUAGUUCCACACCAUGUUGGCUGCUCUUCACACCCUGUUGUUACCUCCUCUUCAAACCCUGUUGUUGGAUCCUCUUCAAACCAUAUUGUUGGCUCCUCUUCAAAUCCUGUUGUUGGAUCUUCUUCAAAUCAUAUUGUUGACUCCUCUUCAAAUCCUGUUGUUGGAUCCUCUUCAAACCAUGUUGUUGGCUCCUCUUCAAACCCUGUUGUUGACUCCUCUUCGUCCGGAAUCGACGUCAAUGGUCGUCGAGUUGGAAGAAAAGGUUCUUCAAAACCUAAAGCUUCAAAGAAGAAAAAUGGUUACCAUCAUGUUCAAGGAAUGUCAGAAAAAUACCCCUUUGUCACUAGGGAAAAUAUUGCUAGCCACCUCCAGAAGCAUAAAACGAAUCUCAUUAAGAUGAAGGACAAGGAGAACUCAGCAAAAGCCUCUUCCAAAUCAGUGCCUCUCAAGAUUCCCAAAGAAUCUAACUCCCAAUCAAUUCACCCUAAAACUUCCAAUUCCAACUCCACAAUUCCUAAUUCUCAGCUUAUUCUUCAAAGCCAUCCCAAUCCCACAAACCCUAUUUCUUCCCAAGUUCUUGUCCAAAGCCAUCCCAAUUCCACAAACCCUAUUUCUUCCCAAGUUCUUCUCCAAAGCCAUCCCAAUUCCACAAACCCUAUUUCUUCCCAAGUUCUUCUCCAAAGCCAUCCCAAUUCCACAAACCCCAUUUCUUCCCAAGUUCUUCUCCAAAGCCAUCCCAAUUCCACAAACCCCAUUUCUUCCCAAGUUCUUCUCCAAAGCCAUCCCAAUUCCACAAACCCUAUUUCUUCCCAAGUUCUUCUCCAAAGCCAUCCCAAUUCCACAAACCCUAUUUUUUCCCAAGUUCUCCAAAGCCAUCCCAAUUCCACAAACCCUAGCUUUGGUGGUAAGACGUGGUUCCAGAAUUCACAAGGUUGUGGGUUCAAGCAGACGCGAAAGCAGUUUGAGCAUGACCAGUUUGAGCAUGACCAGUUUGGGCUUGAGCAGUUUGGGCUUGAGGAGUUUGAGCUUGAGCUGUUUGAGCUUCAGAAGUUUUACGAUUCGUUAAAAAGAUCCAGAAACCAUCAGGUGCAUUAUCAGCAGCAGCAACAUUCAUUCAACAAUAAUGCUUGUUUAAGCCAAGAAAGCCCUAAUUGGGCACUACCAAUAGGGCAAUCAUCAAUGGCACCUACUAAUGAUCUUGCUGUUAGUACCAGCCUAUGCCCUCCUCCAAUUUCAGCCAAUCAAAUCUCUGGGAACGACAGUAAUGUUAUUGGGUUUCAUCCAAUCAUGGACUUCAACUCUUUUGGAGGUUGGAAUAAUACUAAUAAUGAUCCCUCUCUUGGUACUGAUCUCCCAAACUUUGGUUUUGGAGACUAUAAUUAUGAAAAUUCUGAGCCUUUGGGUUUUGGCUAUCCUCUCAACCUUAAUACCAUCAACGGUUUUCAGGUUCGGGGGUUGAUGUGGGUUGCUCGAUUGUGUAAUCUGGGGGUUGAUGAGUGUGUUAUAAAUUUGUUAGUUUAA